UCCUAUACCUCGCCCGCGGUACACCGAGGGCAGAAUGUAUCACGUGAACGGUGGUUUAUUUAAGAACGUAUGAAGGUGAAGUCUCGCCAUUUUAAUAAUAUGAGUGCUUAAGAAGUGGUUAUGAACUUGAGUCACAUCUCAUUUUAUGUAAAAUGGCUCGAGUUUAUGUUUAUGAACGCCCAGUUGACUCUGUUUUGACGAAUGUGACAUUCUACGAGAAUUUAUAUCGACGUACAGAAGAGAUACAGAUUAAAGAAGAACCGCAUGACAUAGAUGAGAAUGAUCAAGGCAAUACUUUUUCACCAAAUACUGACGUAACGUCUACCACUACAGGAGAAUCAACUGUUUUAGAAACUCGAUCGGCGGACUAUAUAAAUAACAAAGAAAAUGAACUUGUAUUGUCCAAAGAUUAUACUGAUACAGAGAAUUCAAUAGCACAGACGCCUAGAAGGAAACGUACACGUUCAGAAUUUGAAAAUCUUAAAGAACAAGAUACACCUAAUUCAUUUAGAGAAUUUAAACGUGUUCGGUUUACAAGUCCUACUGUAAUUCAUUACAUUCCCGAAAGGAAUUCAAAAUCAUCUAUAAAUGGGAAAAAAUGCGAUAUAUGUUCGUUGACCUUCAAAAAAGCAAUAGCACUGAAGUGUCAUAUGGAUUAUUACAAUGGAUACUCUGGUUAUAUUUGUGAUAAAUGUAAUGCGGUGUUCAAAUCACAAGUUUUAUUAAAAAAACACAAAAACCGAUCAGCCUGUCAGAAGCGUAAUAAUAAAGAUAAUAACGAUACAAGAAUGUUUUUCUGUCAUUUCUGUGAGCGACCGUUUAGACGCAAACCAAGCUUGCAAGCUCACAUAUUUCAUGCACAUUCAAAAUUAAUGUUUAGUCUUGAAAAAGAGAAAAAUGUAGUUCCAUCUCCGCAAAAUACCGGCAGUCCCGCGAUUAAAAAAAUGAAGCAAACAAGUAUCGUAGAUUUUCUUCGAAGAGUUGCAGAAAAAGAAGCACUUACUUCUAGAGAAAGCGUUAAUCUUAAAGAAAAGCAUUCCAAAAAAGUUACACCUAAGCAGAAUGGGGUAUUACAUUCAUUUUUGGGACCACCUCAAGAAAAUAGAACAACUAAUAACAAAACUUCUAGUUCUAAUACUGAUUCCUCUCGUGGUAAGAGACCAUUUGUUGAGAUACACGUGGACUCUGAUAUGGUGACGUUUUUAUUGAAGAAUAAUGUAAAAACUGAAAUGAAAGAGUUAUCUUCUGACUCACCAUUGCAUAAUACAUCCUAUAAUCUUAGAAGAAUCAGAAGAAGUAGUGAUCAUUCAUUAACUGAUUCGAAUAUGUCACCAGCGUCUAGAACUGGUAGGAAGAUACACUCAGUUGCUACACCUAAACACGGACAAAGAGACUGGCCGCUAACAGACCAACAACUGAAUGAUAAAUUUAAAACUAAAAAAUGUUCAGUUUAUUUGAUUAGAUGCGAUACAGAUAUUAAGAAAAAUAAGGAACUUAAUGGCGUUGAACGAGAUUCUAACAAGAAUACUAAGCGAAAAAGAAUAGAAGUUCCAUUGGUAAGAAUGAAUAACGGUGUAAAAGUUCAGCAGGUUGAUCAACUCUUACCAGGUUCACAGAAAUUGAAUACAAUUCGAAAUGGCAAGCGGACGAUGUUUCGGUGUAAGGUUUGCAAUAAAUCCUUCCCCGCAAAGGAAAGCUUGCAUGAACAUUUGAAAUUGCGUCAUGUGUUCUAUAUAUCAAGUAUAUGCAAUGCUCGCAACAGAACGAUGAGUAAAUUACUGAAACAUUACCUUUAUCGACAUACUAUUCUCAGACGAAUGAAGUGUUGUGUGUGUUUUGAGAGAUUUAAGUCCCUUGUGUUAUUGAAACGACACAUGGUUGUACAUUGCAUAAGAGUAAUCGAAUCCGAGGAAGAUAAACCAUGUACUAAGGAAAUAUUUAAAUGUAACUUAAUGAAAAAGACCAAUCGCUGCGAAGCUUGUGGUAAGCUAUUUUGGUUAGAGUCAUGCUUGAAUGAACAUGAAAAGGUUUGUCAGAGAAUGAAAGUGAAAAUAAAGAAAGAACAUUGUAUACCAUCCGUGAAAACAUCUCCGCCCCCUUCGAAUAAUCAAGGAUCUAAUGCGAAAUUUAAUCGAUCUCUUAGCGGGUCUGAAUCUGUAUGCCAGUCAGAGUCGGUGACACACCAAAAACCGUUAUUGAAGGGUGUUGCACUUGUAAAAGGGUAUAACAUCGAUGACAGUGGCUCUGAGAAAGUGAAGUUCCCCUGCACCGUUUGCGAUGCACAGUUCCAUACAUUUCAGAAUUUGUGUUUACACGAGCGUACCUAUUCCCAGCCAGCUGUAUACAUCUGCCAGACCUGUGAUACAGCGUUCCCCACAAGGAGGAUAUUGAAACAUCAUGUAUCUGCGACCCAUACGCCUAUCAAGCUUCUAAUGUACAAAUAUUUCUGUAUGUUCUGUACUCAGGGCUUUUCAAAGAAAUCAAGACUUCAAAUUCAUAUAGGUCACUUCCACGCUAAUCAAACACCUAUUAUACCGAAACCGUGGUUGGACAGCUCGCCCAACUGCAAAGUGGAUGCUGUAUGCAGUAUAUGCAACCUGGUGUUCGAAUCCAACGAGGGUUUCAUCGAGCAUACCCUCUACUACUACAAAGGUCAAAUGUUCACGUGCACAUUCUGUGAUCAAACUUUCCACGGAAUGUACAUGCUUAAUCAUCACAAUAAACUGAAACAUUACUCGGAAGACAAGCGCAAAUUGUAUACUUUGAUAUGCAACAUCUGUAACGAGGGCUUCAACCAGGAAUCCCACCUCCAUGCGCAUAAGCAACACGUUCAUUUGAACCGAGUCACCUACAAGCCUUCGUGUCCUCAAGUUAACCCUUCGAGUAACACACAGGAUCACACGUACGCGUUAAUAAAUAGAGAUAAUGCAUCAAGUAGUUUCCCAUCCAAAAAGUUCACCUGUAACAUUUGCCACCUAAAUUUCUUGCGAGAGAAAGACUUAUAUUUACACAGAAUGGAGUACACCAAUACCGGGGACUUCCUGUGCAGCUAUUGCCCCAGAAGGUGUCCUAACGAUACCAUUCUAGCCAGGCAUGAAAAUUUGACCCAUAUCAGUCGUAAUUCCAGCGAAACCUACACGUGUCGUUUUUGCGGCGAAGUAGUCUACACAACCGUAGCACUGAAAUGUCAUCAGUAUCAUUUCCACGAAAUGAACGAAACGGAUUUAAAGAAUGAGAACGGUAUUCAAUUACAGAACACUGUGAUGCUUGUCACGUCGAGACCAGACGAUGGCAAUUUUUCUUGUACGGUCUGUAACAUGAAGUUUUACAGUCAGGACAAGUUGAACUACCAUUUGCAGGAGUAUGCGAACACAGGCACGUACAGUUGUCCAACGUGUAGUCGGAAAUUUCCAGAGUUGUACCGCCUAGAAGUGCACAAGCUCGAGCAUUCGAACUUGAACUACAUGUUGUGCAAAUAUCGAUGCUCUGUGUGCCAAGAGGGAUUCCCGAGUCUCUUGAACGUUCAAGCGCACGCGUUGCACUUUCACGGACGCAAAGGUACUAAGAAGACUGCGAGUGAGUCUACAACUGCCAGUACUACCAAAAGAGGACCAUACACGUGCGACGUAUGCUCGAUGUCCUUUGAAUCCACGUAUUCUUUGAAAAGACACGAAGCACGUCUCUCGAACACAGGCGACUAUAUGUGCGAUUUAUGUGGCAGGAGAUUCCCUGGUAUCGAGUGGUUGAAAGAGCACCAGAAAAGACACGCGGUCAACCCGAAACGACAGAGGUACUCUUGUCCCGACUGUGAUGAGACGUUCCAAAGUGUACUUUCUCAGUACCAACAUAUCGUUCAUCAACACGGCAAGCAGAAAUGGUUCGGUAAAAUUCCUAACCAGAGAAGACAAGGAGCUGCGAAAACUGCCCAAAAAGCACAGAAUGGCAAGGGCAAACAAGGCCCAACUACAGGCAACACUGUAAAUAAAGAAUCCCCCGCCACAGAGAAGUGUGCUAAUGAAGACAAUGCUUCUCUAAUCGAAGAACACCUGCGAAAUUCAGGAGCGGAGCUGCUCUCCCGCAUGUGCCCCACUUGCAGUACAAAGUACCCAACGUUCAACUCAUCCCAGUUUCAUUUCGAAGGAAGUCCUGACCGUUGCAUUGGUUGCAAGCUCACCUUCACCACGGAAGCGAAGCUUAAACAAUAUCCGUCGAAACCACAUGUGCGAGUCAAGCCUAUCAACAUGGAAGAUGCGCCCUGUCUAACCACGAAGGAAGAUCCCGAUGUGGUGCCAGUCGUUCUUGACAAGGAAUCCGAGACUGCUGAACAGCUUGGAAGACAAAGCAACACCGUCAAAUCGGCCAUUCAUGUUUCGUAUAAAAAUUUUUGUCCUAUUGUUAAGUAUGAAUCGGAUAUAUCAUCGGAAAAAUCGAACGACGAGCCCCCGUCCGACAUUGGAAAAUUAAAAGUCAGAGACUUUGCUACGAUGAUUUAAAUCUGGCUAGCCGAAUGCAUGCAAUUAGACGAGGUAGGGGAUCUGGUAAUUUGCGACAGUUCUGACUGGGUUAGGAUUAAAGCUAGGAAAGAAUAAAGCUGAGUAUGUAUAGUCUCAGUACCAUCGUUACCGUGGUACUUCCGAAACCCGAUCUUUCCCUCUCCAGAAGUGCAUGAUCUACGUUUGUACGUAGGAUCUGAGGUGUUCUUAAAUUAAACGGUACACGAUACAAUAUGCAUCGGAUCUUCAUUGUAUCUUUGUACAGGUGUCUCAAGUAUCGUAUAAUCCCUCGUGUCCGAACUCUGUAAAAAGGUUGUUACGCAAGUUCUAUUAACGGAACAGCGAGUCCGCUAGGUAUAAAACUAUAUUUAAAAUAUUAAAAAUACUGAAACAAUAUUAGUUUGAGUAAUUUCAGUCUCAACAAAUAAAAUUUACUUUGUUAAUAAGUAUGAUUUAUCACGGUGGUGUUGUUUCGCCGAUCUUUUUAAUCGCAUGUAAUUUAUAUUUAAGGUGUCUAUAAAGUAUUAUAUUUCACCGCCUAGAAUGUUAUCCGUGAGAUACUGUAUGUUUUAAUCGUUCUGUCGGGAAGGUUACAUUUUAUACUUGAAUGUUUUUAAAGAUUCUACGCAUUUCGUUGCCUGUUGUGAACUAAAUUGCUACAGUCUAAUUUUAGUGGUACGCGCAGCGUGUAUGAUUGUCAUGCUUGAACCGCAAUCUUGUCAGUCUUCAAAUUGGCAAAGUUUUUAUGACGAAAGCGAGAUAGUCGGAGAUAUUAGGAGUAUCAGAAGGGAUGAAUGAUAAGAAUGUGUCGAAGAGCCCGUUUCUGUUAAAUAUUUUUAGCGUAUCCGGAACAAACACACUUCUCAGAAUUCUUUCCGUUGGUUAACUCAAUAUUCUAACACAAAGAUAUUGUAACUGUAUUAUUGAACUAAGGACUAAUGUUAUUAUUAUAAAUAAAUCCAUCGUAUGUGUUUUUGUAUCGUAUGAGUGCUUCGUAUAACAUAAAACGAUUUCUUUUUUAAAAACCUAAUAGAUUUACUUCAUCGUAAACCCGUUGUAUGUCUGGCGCCGCAAUUCAUUGUACAAGGUAUAGUCCAUUUUUACAUAAUACUAUAAAAAAUAAUGGUAUUUGGUCCAGUAUUUAAUGUAUCCUCUACCAUUCUGUCCCGCCAUUUCUCAGCAUAGGA